AUGGACUUUUCCGAAGAUCACCACCGUUACCAGUCAAGCGACGAGGAGGACUUUCAAGAGUCGGUCGAUAAGGCCGUCACCCUGCCAAAACCAAUCCUCCUCUGGCGCACAGAUAAUUCACCUACAUCUACUUCAGCACCUUCUUCAUCAGCAGCAGUCAGGACGUGCUCGACUUUGAUUGUCGGCACGGCAUUUGGUGGCAGUUCCUUGUUGCACACCGUUCAGGGCAAGACUUUGCUCGGCAGUUUGAUCCUGCCUGGAGUGGAUCUGAAAGACAACUCGUUGGAUGUGAACUCGCCUUCGAAUGCAAGCUGCAACAUCUACAGACUGGACGCCGACCCAACAAUUCUUUUGAUCCCCUGCAACUACGAAAUCAAGGACAAGGAUUCCUUGAACUUUGCCAAAGCUAUCAUGAACAACAUCCAGGCCAGCAGAAUCAUUAUCUUGGAUACCAACUCUCCUUCAACUUACUUGUCAGGAUCACCCGACACUGAAUACAACUACCCUUGGUUGCGCCUUUUGCAGACAGCUGGAUCGACCACCGUUACCAAGAUCCCUACGCUUGAAGUCCCCAACCUGGUCCAGAACCUCGGAGCCGCCUUGAUGGGCUACUGCGAAGUGCGUGGACUGCACGACACAUACCUGCUGCUGAGUCUUCAGGAACAUGUCUACGGGAAGGCCUUGGCCACAGCAGCAACAUUGAGAGGAUUGAAGGAAGGUCUUGCCAGUCUGGGCUGCCCCCUGGUCGCCAACGCCGUUGAUGUCUCCAAGGCCGUGGUGCAGAUCCAGGACAAGCGAGUUGGAUCCAACAGGACCCGUGAAGAUCGCAUCUAUGCCUAG